CAAAAUGAGUGCCGCAGACGAAGUGGCCACCCUUCUGAUGCAAAUCCAAAAGGCCGUGUCCCGUAGCGAGUCGAUGGUGAUACUGAAGUAUCUGGAUCACAACAUUCAAAGCGGAGAAGAAGUUAGCCUCCAAAACCCUCUAGAGGCUCUGAUACAGGAAUUGUAUCAUUUAAAAAAAAGCUUGGACAUCCAAGUGGGCAUUGUAGAAAAAACCGAACUAAUCAAGAACAUUUUGAAAUACAAAUUGUACGAAAUACGGUUCGAGUAUCGGAAGGAAAUUGAAAGGUUGCAGAAGAGACGCGAAAGUUUGGUUUCGAAAUUACCCAAAGCGGGUUCAAUUGUGUUAACUUUAAAAAUAAAAGAUACAGAUGACAAUAUAGCCAACCUUGAAGAAACUCAUUUAAAAAAUGUAGAUUUUAUGAGAGAACAAAAAGUGCAAGCAGAAAAAGCUUACGGACAAGCCGUGCUGGCAAUGGACCAUAAUUUAGCAAAACUAAUCAAAGGCUAUAAUAUAUUUUCAAGUCUAAUCGAAGCUGAAAAAUCCUCACUAAGCCAUCACGAAGCUCAACUUCUAGCCUCAAAGUUUUCUGAUGAAUUUGCCGUAUUCAAAGCUGCUAUUGAACGAUUCACUGAAUUACAAACAACAGGGUGGAAAAUUGUUUAUCAAGAAGAAAAAAUAGUAGACAUGUUACAGGAAAGAGGCCUGAAAGUGCUGCUCACAGGCGAAUUAGUCACCGACGAUGGCCAUCAAAUUACUUUUCGACAAGCUAGAGACUCCAAACUGUUUGAUAACAUCGGCCCAAUUUUUUUAAAAGUAAUACGAAAUCAUUUAAACGAAGAACCCGGUUCGGAUGAGGAUUCCUCCAGCAGCCGAUCAACAUUGUCGAGACAAUCAAGCUCAGCAGAGAGAAUUCCUAGAGUAUUUUCAACAGAUAUCACGUUCUUAAGGGACCGUUUGGGCAAACCUUUGACGUUGGCCUUACACGAAGUGGUCACCAUACAGCCCUCAGAGCCCAUUCAUUAUCUCAGCCAUUGGCUGUUCAAAUAUCGCUAUAAUUCGCAAAUCGAAAAUCCCAACAGCGAACAAUAUGAAUAUUUAAAUAAUAAAAGGAAUCAGUUGAUUGAAGAAAAGUCGAAGAAAAGGACUACGGAUGAAGUUAUGGCCACUAUUUUGGAGAUGGUGGAUACCGCUGCGGCUAUUGCUGCUAUGAAUGCUUUUAUCACAAAAAAAGAGAAAUAG